AGGGGGCCGCGGAGCGGGCUGAGGCGGCACCGGGGCGCCUCUCCUUAGUCUGUUCGGGGUGUUCUCCAGAGAGAAACGCAGCUGUUUUGUAGUGAAGUUUUAACGUUGCAGUUGUAAUUUCUGUUGAGUAGUUUUGAAAACUGGAAGGUGCGUACUUCUGUCAGCCGAGCCGUGAGGGAAGAGGGGUUAAGCAUCUCCGCUUCUGUCAAACGUUAACGAACCCUGAGGGCGCUUCUCAAUGAACGCGUUUCGAAGACUGGCUUUGCUUUGCUUUCGCUUUAAUAUAGUUAUUUUGAGCCCCUUCUCUGGUCAUUAACUUUUUGGAAAAGAACUUUCUUUCCCCACCACCUAAAUCUCAAAUUACAGCAACUUUAAGCUUUUUUGUUUGUUUGUUUUUUAUUUUCAGUGUUCAGUAGAAAAUUAAACCAGACAAGACAGUUGAGCUGAUGAGCAGGCAUUAACGCUAAUGUUCGUGCAUCGUUCCAGCCUCUUGUUCUAUAGCUGCCUAACAAGGGCUGUGUCCUGAAACAGCUCUUCUGGGGCAUAGAGCACUGUUCAGUUUAAGGUCAGCAGUUGUCUCUUUGCUGCGUUACCCGUCCCGUCGCCAGGCACAGCCGUUUGGGGGUAUUGCUAGGGGACAGCCUUCCCAGGGAAGCUGGGGAUGGCACAGGCUCGCAUCUCAGCCAGGCUGCCCCCGGAUGUAGACCCCACGAAAGCUCCCGUUGCGUUUGGGGAGAGGGCCCUUCCCAAGCUGAACGAGGAGCUGCGAUCCCCCGAGCUGCUGACGCGGCAGCGGGCGCUGAUGGCCCUCUGCGACCUGGUCCAUGACCCAGAAAAUGUCUGCCAGGCCGUACACCUAGGAUUCUUGGAUAACCUGAAGACUUUGCUGCUAGAUCAUGACAGUACUGUCCGACAAAAAUCAACAGAAGUCCUCUACAUAAUGGCUAUGCAUAAUGUUGGCAGGCAUGGGUUUAUACAAAAUGGAGUAAUUCCUGCCAUGGCUCAGCUAUUGGAUGAUCCGGUAGAUAUCUGUCGGAAGAACACACAUCAAACUUUUGAAAUGAUGGCAAAAUUACCUGAAGGGGCUGUGGGCAUAUUGCAUGCCGGCUUGAUUCCCUCACUGGUAUUCAAAUUGAAGACUGAGUUGGAUGAAAUCCAGGAGCUAAUCCUAGACACACUCACCAACUGUCUGUGUGUGGAGGCCUUUGAAGCUCUAGCGAGUGGUGCCGUUACCAUCCUGAAGCAAAAGCUCACACAUUCAUCAGUGGCCAUCAGAAGCAAAGCAGCUUGGGUCCUGUUAGGAAUCAGUACCCAUCCAGAGGGAAAAAAGAUGGUAUGUGAAGAAGACGUCAUUCCUGUGCUGGUGCGCCUGUUAGAAGAUACAGAGCCUGAAGUCCAAGCCAGUGCAACAGGAGCGCUGAUGUUUGCUACCGUUACACCUCAGGGGAAAUACUCAGCUCUAGGUGCUGAAGCCAUUCCACCUUUACUGAAGUUGGUUGCUGGGGAAACCAGCAAAGCCCGCCUGAGUGCGAUUAAAACCCUCACCAUGCUGGCUGAGUUACCCGAGGGCCGCAAGACACUCCUAGAUCAUGUAGAUACGUUUCAGCUGUGUCUGAAUGACCCCUCUGAGGCAGUGAAAAGAGCAGCCAAAAUUGCCAUCCGUGUCAUCAAGUGGAAACCUUUCUGAAGACAUGAUGUUUCAUAGAGAUCUAUUGCCCUCUGUUGUUAUCUUGUUGUAAGAGUUGCAUUAUUAUAUGAGACCUUCAAAAACAAAACUCUCUUCCUCAGUUACUCUGGAUCAGUUCCUCCUGAAAUGUCCUUUGUCAACAGUUUCAUAUCUAUGACAGGCCACAAGUAGAACAAUGAGGGGGAAAAAGCUAGGAAGUCUACAAUUCUCCACUAGAAGUUAUUUCCGGAGAUAUCAAGACCUUCCUGUGAUACAAGAAAUGGAUUCUUUUUGUUUUCUUCAUGAUAUUCUCUCCCUUUUUUUUUCAUUAUUUCAGCCUAUCAAACAUUAAUCAAUAACUAAUUAUAUGAAACAGGUGAAAGGUAAUUAACUU